CUGCAGGAGCAACCAGGGACUUGUGCACCCUCAGCUGUUCCUCUGCUGCUGCUGGUUCUCAGCGGGGAGGUUGGUGUGAUUCCCAUCCACGGUGCUGCCAAGGGAAUGCCACGUGUGCUUACAGCACUGCCUGCCCCCUGUGCAAGCCCUCGCUCCUACCUGCAGUGGUGUGGCAGCAGCGAUGCUGCAGGCUCCGUGCAGCUGGUGCUCGGCCCUCAGAGGCAGACGCCGCCUCCAGCGGUGCACGGCAUCUCCUGGCAUGUGGCGCUGGCUGCGAUGGGUCACACAGGAGCUCAAAACAAGCAUUAACCACAGCCUCAGUGGGCUGUCCCCAGGUGUGGGAGGAUGCGACAGGCCGUGCCCUGCUUGCAGUCACUGUUGUUUUGACACCGCAGCCCGGGAGAGCGGGUCAGGCAUGGAGCCACCGUCCGCUCCGAGCAGAAAAGGGGCUGCUUCCAGGGCAGCAGCUCCCGGCCGCUGCCAGCACCCAGCGCUGGGCCGAGGCCGGACGCUAUAUUUGGCCUGGCAGAGCGGUGCCGCUGAAACCCGACGCGGCCGCACCGUGCGGGGCCGACAGCUGGAGCCAGUGGGGCCGGCUUGUCUUGGCCAAUGCUGCGCCGGGAUGAGAACGGCCCAGAACACUCACAGCCAGCCGCCGACAGCGGACGGACCCACGGACGCUCCAUCGCUGCUGGAAGAGGAGGACGAGCCUCUCGCCCACCAGACGCAGCAGAGCAGGAGCGGCAGCAUGAAGCGGCCGAGCGGCCCCGAGGAGAACGGCAUCGGCGAGGGGACGGCUGAGGGCUGCAGGAGGAAACGCCGCUGGAUGCAGCGCCUGAUUCCAGACAGCUUCUGGGAGGACGCGAAGAAGCUGCUGGUGCUGGCGGGGCCGCUGAUCCUGAUCCAGCUGCUGAUCUUCCUGAUACACCUGGUCAGCUCCAUCUUCUGCGGCCACCUGGGCAAGGUCGAGCUGGCCUCCGUCACGCUGGCCAUCGCGGUUAUAAAUGUCUCUGCCAUCUCUGUAGGAUACGGUCUGUCUUCAGCAUGCGAUACCUUGAUUUCACAGACCUACGGCAGCAGGAACCUGCUGCGCGUGGGGGUGAUCCUGCAGCGUGCCAUCCUCAUCCUCCUGCUCUGCUGCUUCCCCUGCUGCGCCGUGCUCAUCAACAUCGAGCAGCUCCUGCUGCUCAUCCGCCAGGACCCUGAAGUCUCCAGGUUAACCCAGCUCUAUGUGAUGGCGUUCGUCCCUGCUCUCCCAGCGGUAUUUCUGUAUAACCUGGAGUCCAAGUACCUACAGAACCAGAUGAUCUUGUGGCCUGUGGUGCUGAGCGGGCUUGUCGGCAAUGUUGUCAACGUGAUCGCCAACUCCAUCUUCCUCUACGUGUUCCACCUGGGAAUUGUGGGUUCUGCCUGGGCCAACACCAUUGCUCAGUAUUCUCAAACCAUUUUCUUGUUCCUGUACAUUGUAGGCAAGAAGCUCCACGUGAAGACGUGGGGAGGCUGGUCCAGUGAGUGUCUGCUGGAGUGGGACAGCUUCACCUCCCUGGCCAUCCCCAGCAUGCUCAUGGCAUGCAUCGAGUGGUGGACUUACGAAAUCGGCAGCUUCUUGAUAGGGCUGCUGAGCGUCGUGGAGCUGUCGGCACAAUCUGUCAUCUACGAGGUGUCCGUCGUUGCCUUCAUGAUCCCCCUGGGGCUUGGCACAGCUGCCAGUGUGCAGGUGGGGAACGCGCUGGGUGCCGGCGACAUUGAGGUAGCCAAGAGAUCCUCCUCCACCAGCAUGCUCUGCACAGGGGCGUUCUGCAUUGCUGUAGGGGCCAUUUUAGCUGCCACAAAGGACGUGCUGGGAUACAUCUUUACCAGUGACAAGGAGAUCAUCGACUUGGUGGCCUGGGUCAUGCCCGUCUACGUUGUCUUCCACUUGUUUGAAGCCACGUGUUGCGCCUGUGGUGGGGUGCUCCGAGGCACAGGCAAGCAGAAAUUCGGUGCCAUCCUCAACGCUGUGAGCUACUAUGGCGUGGGGCUGCCCCUGGGAGCCGUGCUGCUCUUCGUGGCCAGGAUCGGUGUCAUAGGGCUGUGGCUCAGCAUGCUCGUCUGUGUCUCCAUGCUCUGCACCUGCUUCCUCAUCUACAUCUGCCGCAUGGACUGGAGAAAGGCGGCCGAGGAGGCUCAGCGCCGUGCAGGAGUGACCCCACAGCCGCUGGAGGAGCAGCAUCAGAGCCCCGAGCCCCACAGCAAGGGGCCAUCUCCAAUGCCCCACACUCACCUCCCAGCUGCAGCGGUGCGGGGCUGCGUAGCGGGACUGGAUGCUCAGAACGGCGUGGUGCUCACGGGCAUCACCAGGACGGAGGGUGCCAACUUCCAGGAGGAGCUGCAGGGAGCACCGCCAGGCACCGUGCCCACCCGGGGGCUGAUCCUGCGGCGGGGACUGGUGGCGGCCGCGGCCAUCGCAGUGCUCGUGCUCGGCGUCGUAAUAAAGCUCAUGACCAGCAAACACUGACCCGCACCAGGGCUCUGGGGACUUGGCUUCGGGGAUGCAGGCCCCUCCUGGCUGAUGGAUGCACAAAGCACAGACCAGACUGCACCUACACGUCCCAUAGAGUUCAGCCUUUGGCAGCAUCUCAUCGGCUCCUGCUUGGGA